CUCUCUGAAUUUAGCCUAUUGAAUCUGAUGACCCCCCAUGGAGAACCUGCUCUGAAGGAGGACGGCUCUUCAGCAUCUCCAUCCAUCCACAGGAAAAGCCGCUCGGACACGAAAAAAAAAACCGUGUGAGGCGUGAGACUUUGACAUCUUCUCUUAUCUUUCCGUGAUGGCUAUCAACACUGAUGCUGCCUUUGGGAAAAGCGCUCUCGGCGAGAGGGAAGUUUCAAAUCCCACCGACUUCCACGACACGGAGAAGCUGUUGAGCACCGCGACCACGGAGCCCACCGGGCAGACCAACAUCAAACCGUCCGACUCCUUCUCCCUCAACAUCCGAGGCAGCGUCCGCUCCCUGGACGCGGACCAGAACGGACACAGAUCACCGCUGAAGUCGGGCUCUGUCGGGCAGUUGGCAGCCCCACCCAAGUCCGCAUCCCGGCUCAGCCUGGGCCCGCUGCCCUCCCCGGUGCCGCCCGGUUCCUUACCCUCCACUUAUCUCUGGCUGGCGGUGCUGUCCUGCUUCUGUCCCGCGCUGCCGUUAAACAUUUGUGCCUUGUGGUACGCAAACGUGUCGAGGUCUGUUCUCCACACAGGAGAUAUUGAGGGAGCAAGGAAAUACGGGCGUCUGUCUAUGCUGCUCAGCUGCCUGGCAAUUCUACUGGGUGUGGCUGUCAUCAUAUUCAUAGUGUUUACAAUAGAGCUCCAGCAGUGAUGUGUGGGACUGAGGGAGCCACAGCACACACUCCCUCUGACUUCACCUGGUCCCAAAUAUGUACACAAGAGAGAGAGAGAGAGAGAGAGAGAAUGGGGAGAAUGAGGAGGGUUAUCAUUUUGAAAAGAAGGAGAGAAGAAAAGCACACCAACUGAGUAGAAAACAAGCUAAAGAGACUCUUAACUUGUUGCUUUUUCUGCUGUGGACAACAAAACGGGGAAAGAAACCGCAGGCUGUUUCUCUUUCUCUCACGCAACACUCAUGUCCAUUUACCGCACAAACUCAGGAACAAACGAAAAGAAGGUGAAGACUGCGCACAGUCAUCGUCGCCCGAUCACCAGACAGGGAGGACGUGUAGCUACUGGUCGCCCAAACUAGUAGUGCACUGACACACACUGCUGUCUGACACCCAGAUGAUUGAAUGGCUUCACACUUUCAUUAUCAGAACAUCAACAACAACAACAACAAAAUAAGUCAAUUGAUGCAAAGCUGACUAAAAAAAUUUAAAAAAACCCAAAAACCACAACAUAGUGUGGAGUGAAGACUGUUAAAUAAAUCCUCUGUAGUGCAGCCAC